AUGCUUCCCAAGAAGGUAGAUUCUUUCAGGAUCUCGACUCGAUCGAUCAUACAUUCUUUCUCCUCAGGUGGACUAUCGAGGAACCCUAAACCUCGUGGAAGCGUGCCGCAAGAAUGGGAUCAAGAGAUUCGUGCUCGUAAGCUCCAUUCUCGUGAAUGGCUAUUGUCUCUAUCCCCAGCGAUGAGCGCCGAUCUAGUGUCAAAGCUGCGCGCGGCGCUUCUCCAUCACCAGGUUCGUCUCGAUCCAGUGCCGCAGCGCCAGCACGUCGAGGAUCCCAACGAUCCCACGCUCGCUUACAUUUCCCGGAUGCUUCUGGACGAGGAGGAGGAGCCGCCGCAGAUGAUCCAGCUCCAGGAUGCCUACAAGAAUCUCAUCGCGGAGCUUGCCGCGCUGGUGUCUUCGCCCGGCGGCAGUGGGAAUCUCAUCCAUCCAGACGAUUCUGGAAAUAUUUCGGUGCCAGACGUCCACGAAUCCAGGACGGGGUUCCUGAAAUCGAUGCUCCUGGAAGCGGCUCGAGCGGUGGCGGGGAAUCGUGGCUCCGAGGUCUACAGGAUCAUCAGCGAGGUGAGGAGCCUGGCAUCGCCAGAGGGCAGCAGUGAAGAACGCACGGCCUUGUUCUUCGCGGAUGCCCUGAUUGCGCGCUUCACAGGGUUUGGGUCGCAGGUCUACAGCGCCAUGGUGAAAGGGAUUCGCGAGAGGCACUCGGUCCACGUCCGGAUGCUCAAUCUCCCAUCCUUCAGGGUCACCCAGCGAUUUGCCAACGGCACCAUUCUAGACUUUUGCCAAGGAGGUACGAGAAUUCACAUCAUCGACUAUGGGAUCCACUAUGGCUGCCAGUGGCCCCAGCUCAUCCAGAGGCUCUCGCAGCGGCCAGAGGGACCGCCGGCGAUGAAGAUCACAGGGAUCGACUUUCCUCGCGUGGACGUCAAGGAGACAGAGAGAAACCUCGUGGAGUAUGCCAAGAGCUGUGGAAUCUCGCUCGAGUUUGAGGCGAUCACGAGCACGUCCUGGGAAUUGGUCCAGCCCAAGACUCACGUGAAUGACUUGCUCAUCGUCAACUGCAACCUCCGCAUCCGGCAUUUGCGAGAAGAUGGCAGCGUCGGCGACAAUCCGCGAAAGCUCUUCUUCGAGAAGGUCUACACCCUCAAGCCGGACCUGUUCAUACAGUGCGUGGUGGAUGCCGGCUCCAACUUGAGCUCCCCUUUCUUCAUCCAACGUUUCGAGGGGGCUCUCGAGAGUUUCUUCAUGACGAUGGACCUGUUUCAGACUCUGCUGCAAGAGGAGAUGUCGGAGGAGUACGAUUACAUAGGGAACAUCAUGGCAAAGACGAUCAUGAACGUGGUGGCUAUGGAGGGCGUUGAAAGGUUGGAGCGGCCAAAUUCUUACAGGAGCUGGGAUUCGAGGGCUAGACGAGCUGGAUUUGAGCAGGAACCAGUUAGGCCGAAAGCGGUGGAGCUGGUUAAGGCAGCGUGGUGCAGCAGUAAGCCCAAUUGCAACUUCAAGAUGGGGAUGGAUGGGAACUGGUUGCUACUCGGAUGGAAAGAGAGGGUCCUCUAUGCGAUGAGCACCUGGAGGCCGCAGAACAAGCAAGCGGGCUAAACUGCGCAUCAGGGAUUCUCUGAUGAAGAGUGAUCUAAAAUCCCUGGAAGAGUGGAGCUCGGCUCGAUGGAAGAAGACCGAGUCCAGUCCAGAUUCUCUUGAAAUGCAAACGGGAAUAUGUAAAAAUGAUUGGUCAGGUUAGUAAAUCUCAGUGUCAAACGCCUUUGAAGGAAAGGUACUGCUUGAUAGUGAACCCUGUCCAAAGAGUAUUCACUUUUUUCUAGUGCCAUACGAAGAGAAACGCAGUCA